AUGAGCUAUUCGCCUAUUGCCCGUGUUCUGUUCCGCAAACUAGUCCAAGAACGCUACCUUUUCGAGGAUGAUGAAGACGACACAGUCUCCAAUGCCGCCGAGGCGCUUACCACGAUGGCCACCGAUACCACUGCUGACGCUCAGGCGGAGGAGGAAGAGGAGGCUGCUUUUGAGCUUAUUAUGCAACGGGUGCAGGAGGCCGAAGCCCGGCUUGAGAGGUUAAGGCGUAACAUGGCUAAGGUAUUCAAAACUACGAAGAACCUCAACAAAAGGGUUCGUGUUGACAGGAAGCGACAAAAAAGGGAUAGUAAGAGGAGGAAGAUCACUCAUGCUAGGGACACGGACAGACCCGGAGAUGUCAGCCAGCUUGGUGCUACCUCGCAGACUCGUGAGAACGACGAGGAAUCUCGGAAGAUUGCGUCGAAGAUCAGAACACUUGUGAAGGAACUUGACAAGCUUUCGAAAGAAACGAGCUCGAUCACGCGUGACAAUGGGCCGCGUGUUAUCAAGGAAUAG